AUGGCCGCAUCGGAGCGCAGAGAAAACGCCCAGCAGCUCGCUGGUGUCCACGCUGAACCGCGUAGAUUGUGUGAUUUAUUAGACUGCGGCUGGAAGCUGUUUGAAGAGGUGGAUACGACGAACGAGUCUACGGGAUCAAACCACAUCCAGGUUAAAGUUAAACGUGGAAUAACGGCGCUGGAAGAGGCGUCCAGAAUGGCGGCGCAGCUCGACUUGUUUAGUCGCAACGAGCUGCUGGAGGAGAUCGCGACCACGGAUCUGAAAUACCUCCUGCUGCCUGUGCUGCUGGGCGCGCUGACCAUGAAGCAGACCAACCGCGCCACACGCCUGCAGUCCGUGCAAAUGGCGAGAGUCUACUUCUACGAUUUUCUGCGGAGGUGUAAGGACUACAACGUCUCGAAUUUUGAGCUGCCAUUUUCCGCAACGGAAAAUUCGACGUGUGGGGAAGAAUUGGAAAACGGAGCUGACAAAAACAAGCCCACCGCUUCCGCCACACAGCCAAACCUGGUUGCCAUGGCGACGCAGAGACAAGCCAAAAUAGAGCGCUACAGACAGAGAAAGGAGACGGAAGCCAAGUUAUCGGAGAUCAGACGAGUUGUGGAAAGCGGUCAAGCGGAUGAUGAAGCCGUCCGUGGCUUCUACCUUCUCAACUUGAAAAAGUGGGUCAUGACAUCUCUGGAAGAAAUAGAAAGCAUCGACCAGGAAGUGGCGAUUCUGAAGAGAACGACCGUUCCGAAUUCCACGGAGUCAUCGUCAGAGCACAAGCACCCAUCCAGGCCCCCGGUCAAACCGUUCAUCCUCACCAAAGAUGCUGUACAGGCAAAGGUGUUCGGGGCUGGUUACCCCAGUCUUGCAACCAUGACCGUAGAUGACUGGUAUGAGCAGCGUCAGAAAUGUGGGUUUCUGCCUGACCAGGGAGUGCCCAGGACAGCUGCUGUUAUACAGGACUAUGAUACAGAAGAGCUGGCAGAAGAAGAGAAGGAGAAACGGGUGGAAAUGGAUGAUGAGGAGGCGCUGCAGAAAGCCAGAGAUUGGGAUGACUGGAAAGAUACUCACCGCAGAGGCUACGGGAACCGCAAGAACAUGGGCUGAACCAGUACGGCCAACAAUCACAACCAGCAUUUGUGCCAAGAUACACUUGGGUUUCAAUUCACUAUCAAUUAAAUUCAUUAGGAAAUACUGUUUCUUCACAAAUGCACAACAUGCAUGACAGGGCAGCGUAAAAAUGGGGCUGACAUCCCAAACACACUCUUUUCCAGGAAAGGAUGGAGUUUCAGGUCACAUGUGAGUCAGCUGUCAGUUUAACAUGUAAAUAGAAACUGUUUGCCUCUGCUGAAGGGUUCUCACUUAUUUAACGCAUUAUAAUGACCCUCUCUUGCCAAGCUGUCUUCAUGUUUUGUCCCGUAGAUUCAACUGAACCCGACCCCGAUGUCAGGUCCUCUGGUUGUUUUCCCCCUCAUACUGUGAUUUUCAAAAAAUAAAAUAAAGUAGUA